CCCUCAGUCAUGCCAGUGCCUGCUCUGUGCCUGCUGUGGGCCCUGGCAAUGGUGAUCCAGCCUGCCUCAGCGGCCCCCGUGGGCAGCCCAGAACUGGCAGAGCAUGAGGAGCUGACCCUGCUCUUCCACGGGACCCUGCAGCUGGGCCAGGCCCUCAAUGGUGUGUACAAGACCACGGAGGGACGGCUGACAAAGGCCAGGAACAGCCUGGGUCUCUAUGGCCGCACAGUGGAACUCCUGGGGCAGGAGGUCAGCCGGGGCCGGGAUGCAGCCCAGGAACUUCGGGCAAGCCUGUUGGAGACUCAGGUGGGCACUGCAGCUGCGACACUGUGGGGUGGCCUCGAAGAGGAGUUCAUGUCUAGGGUAACCAACCAUCCUGGUUUGCCCAGGACUGAGGGGAUUCCUGGGAUACAAGAUUUUCAGCGAUAAACUCAGGCAAGUCCUUAGGUACACAAAGAUGAGUUGGUCAUCCUACUAGUGACCCCCUGUUUAUUAAGCAGAUGGAGGAGG